UGUGUCAUCGCGAUACAACAGCCUGUCCGUGAUCGGUUCCGCGGCGGGGGCCUGACGCUGGAAUGCGAAACUAUAAGUUAUUAAGCCAAACCAAAAACCUGGGAAACCUCGGCGCGUCAUUUCACAAACAUCUCAGCUUGCUCUUAUAUCUCAGCUAUGGUCUGAGCCAUGAGACAGACGCGUAACAUAUGGGGAUGAGCCGAGGUAUGGUAUUUCCCCCACUGCUGCUUUGGGCUCGUUGACUCUCUGUGUUGGCUCAGGAUGGCGCAGGGAGGUUCUCAGCUCGACUACCACAUCCUGCAGGACCUCAAGCAGCGUUUCCCGGAGAUCCCAGAAGGGGUAGUGUCACAGUGCCUUCUGCAGAACAACAACAACCUGGAUCUCUGCUGCCACCUCCUUGCCCAGGAGAGUAAUAGAUACCUGUAUGGAGAGUUCCACCACAGCCCAGAAGAAGGGCGAGUGAGAAACCACAUGCUGCACAUUAGUCUGGGCUACCCAGGCUCAGAGGCAAGUAAGACAAACGGAGGAGCAGCAGGAGUAGGGCGCUCUCUUGUGCACAGCACUAGUGACAGUCACAUCGAACCCCAGCGGCCGAGCUACCCUGAGCCACUGUCAGCCCCUGCCACUAUGGCCCCCUCCCCUGGAUAUAAUCCUUUUUUUAUGAAUGACCAGAGCCGCACUGCAAGCACUCCCACUCCUCCACCCACCAUGCAGGGCAUGUCUCCCACAUAUGCCCCUAUCCCACGUUAUACUAUGAACCCAAUAACGGUCACCCUUUCUCAAAAUAUACCCAAUGUUCCACAGGCUCUGCAGAUCCCUCCUGGGCACUAUGCUAACAGCACAAACACAACCUUAUAUAUUCGACCCUCACCCUCCCAGAGCCCACAGCCAGCACCCUGGUCCUCUUCAGCAGCAUCUGUCUAUCAGCAUCAGCAAUCUCCCUACAGCACUCCCACAUAUGGCUCACCUUACAGCUCCCCACAACAUCAAGUCCAGCCACAGCCCCAACCACAGCCUCAGCCCCAGCCACAACCCCAGCACCAGCAAUAUGUCUUUCUCCCUAUUAGCUCCCCAACCCUUCCCAGCAUGCCCUACCAUCACCAGCAACAACCCCAACAACAGCCAGCUGUCUACAGGCCCUACCACACAAAAAGUUCUCUCAAGAACCAAAUAGAGAUUACCUUGGAGGGUCCACGACCACGCAGCAACUCACCCGUGCACACCCCUCACCCCCAAGGAGCGCUUUACAUGGCCACCAGCCCUUCACCCAGCUCCCCUUCAAGGGGCAUCACUAUGAGUGGACCUCCAGGCCCAGCAGCCUUUCAUCCUGGCUUGUACCUGCAGCACCAGGGUCCUGCAAGGCCUCGGCCAGCCUCUUCUCCUCAACCAGGCCAAUCAGCCUACACUUUCAAAAUCAAAGUGUCCCCCGGAGGUCAGGCCCAGAGGCCAUCCAGCUCACCUCCAGUGACUGAAGCAGAGUCUCUUCUCAACAUAGUAGACCAAGGGGAGCACAACGCUGCACCUGCACCCAUCCUCCCCAUUUCCGCUCUACCAGGGAAUAUUGCUAAUCAAUUUCAGCAAAUGCCCCGACGCACAAGCUCAGGCUCUGAUGACUAUGCUUACACACAAGCUCUCUUGCUCCACCAGCGGGCCAGGAUGGAGCGUCUACUGAAGGAACUGAUGCUGGAGAAGCAGAAACUAGAGCAGCUCAAAGCUGAUGUCAACAACAUGGAAUAUGAUGCCCUUCAAAGGCGCUUUCGACGAGUAAAUUCAACCAGUCUUAUACCCAGACCAGAGGAGAUGACCAGAUUGCGGAGUUUUAACAGACAGCUUCAGAUUGAUAUCGACUGUACUCUGAAAGAGACGGAUCUACUGCAGUCUAGAGGGAAGUUUGAUCCAAAAGCAAUGAACAACUUUUAUGACAACAUUCAGCCUGGUCCAGUUGUUCCACCUAAACCCGGAAAGAAAGAAGGGGAGCAGGGCUCCAAGUCAGUGCCAAGGCUUCAGAGGGACGAGGACUUUGAAGGCGCCCAGUGGAACUGUGAAAGCUGCACCUUCCUCAACCACCCUGCACUCAACCGCUGUGAACAGUGCGAGAUGCCGCGCUGCACCUGAGCUGAGGACUGUGCUGUAUUUCCACAUACUUGCUCCAUCUCCUGCCGCACCCCUCCAGAAUCUUGUCUAGAGGUCUUCCGUUCUCAAUCAGUAUAUAAGUCCCUCUUACCUGCUGAGGAAGAGCCACUAUCCCUGACUUCCCACUUGUGCUGCAGCUCACAUCCACUGCUCCUGUGCACUUUGGCCCUCAUUUCUGUUGGCGGAUGAUUAAACCUUUUCCGGACGGUUGGAGACUCUUCUCAUGGCAAAUGUAUAGAAGAGGCAGUGACAUUCCGUGACACUGGCAGUGAUUGAGAUGGAGCUUCUGAAAGGUCAAAUUAUUGAGGUUUGAUGAGGGGAAGCUAUGGUUUACCUAGCGAACAUUCCAUGCAGAAUGAGUGACUGCCCUGUUUACACAACUAUGCCUAUUUCUGAACUCAAAAUGGAGGAACCUCUACUUAAAUUCAGAACCUGUAACUAUCUCUCUCUCUCUGACAGUGAAUCAACGAAAGCAAUGGUAUAUAAGUUGUGACUAAUGCGAAAUGUAGACUGUACACUGUAUCUAGCUCUGUAUUAGAGCUCAUUUCACUGAAAGAACACUAAAGACAAUUGCAUUUAAGUAUAUUUCUGGUACUUAUAUGCAUAUCAUGCCACCCUGUAUUAUGUGUUCUUAAGAUAUUGAUUUUCUGUGCAAAUGCCUCAACUUGCUGUACUUAAAUAAAGGAGCUGAUUCUAUGUGA